AUGGCUGCCUCGUCCCGUCAGCCCGAGGAGGCGAUCGAUGACUCCGAAUUCAUCGAGGACCACAAUGAGCACCACCAGGACUCGGUACACCGCCGUCUCCGGGCCAAUUCCACCAUCAUGCACUUCCAGAAGAUCUUGGUGGCCAACCGUGGUGAAAUUCCCAUCCGUAUCUUCCGUACCGCCCACGAGCUGUCCUUGCAGACGGUCGCCGUCUUCUCCCAUGAAGAUCGGUAUGGUAUGCACCGCCAAAAGGCCGACGAGGCCUACAUGAUCGGCAAACGCGGUCAGUAUACCCCCGUCGGCGCUUACUUGGCCGGUGACGAGAUCAUCAAGAUCGCCGUGGAGCACGGCGUCCAUCUGAUCCACCCGGGGUAUGGCUUCCUGUCUGAGAACGCCGAGUUUGCCCGCAACGUCGAAAAGGCCGGCAUCGUCUUUGUCGGUCCCACCCCCGACACCAUCGACGCCCUCGGCGACAAGGUCUCAGCCCGUCGCCUGGCCAUCAAGUGCAACGUCCCCGUCGUCCCUGGUACCGAGGGCCCCGUAGAGCGCUACGAGGAGGUCAAGUCCUUCACCGACACCUACGGCUUCCCCAUCAUCAUCAAGGCCGCCUUUGGUGGUGGUGGUCGUGGUAUGCGUGUCGUCCGUGAGCAGGCCGACCUGCGCGACGCCUUUGAGCGUGCCACUUCCGAGGCCCGCUCCGCCUUCGGUAACGGCACGGUCUUUGUGGAGCGCUUCCUCGACAAGCCCAAGCACAUUGAGGUCCAGCUGCUGGGUGACAACCAGGGUAACGUCGUGCACCUGUUCGAGCGUGACUGCUCCGUCCAGCGUCGUCACCAGAAGGUCGUCGAGAUCGCCCCCGCCAAGGACCUGCCCAUCGAAGUCCGUGACAAGAUCUUGGCCGACGCCGUGCGUCUCGCCAAGUCCGUCAAGUAUCGCAAUGCGGGUACCGCCGAGUUCCUGGUGGACCAGCAGAACCGCUACUACUUCAUCGAGAUCAACCCUCGUAUCCAGGUCGAGCACACCAUCACCGAAGAGAUCACCGGCAUCGAUAUCGUCGCUGCUCAGAUCCAGAUUGCCGCUGGUGCGACUCUCGAGCAGCUGGGCCUGACCCAGGACCGCAUCUCCACCCGUGGUUUCGCCAUCCAGUGUCGUAUCACCACCGAGGAUCCCUCCAAGGGCUUCUCUCCCGACACCGGUAAGAUCGAGGUCUACCGCUCCGCCGGUGGUAACGGCGUCCGUCUGGACGGUGGUAACGGCUUUGCGGGCGCGGUCAUCACCCCUCACUACGACUCCAUGCUGGUCAAGUGCACGUGCCGUGGUUCCACCUACGAGAUCGCUCGCCGCAAGGUCCUGCGUGCCCUGGUCGAAUUCCGUAUCCGCGGCGUCAAGACCAACAUCCCCUUCUUGGCUUCCCUGCUGAGCCACCCCACCUUCAUCGAUGGCACUUGCUGGACUACCUUCAUUGAUGACACUCCCGAGCUCUUCGCUCUCGUCGGCUCUCAGAACCGUGCUCAGAAACUGCUGGCUUACCUGGGUGACGUGGCUGUCAACGGCAGCAGCAUCAAGGGACAGAUGGGCGAGCCCAAGUUCAAGGGCGAGAUCAUCAAGCCCGUUCUCACCGAUGCUUCGGGCACCCCCAUCGACGUCUCCGUUCCGUGCCAGAAGGGCUGGAAGCAGAUUCUCGACAGCCAGGGCCCGGAGGCGUUUGCCAAGGCGGUGCGCGCCAACAAGGGCUGCUUGAUCAUGGACACCACCUGGCGUGAUGCCCACCAGUCGCUGCUCGCUACCCGUGUGCGUACCAUUGACAUGCUCAACAUCGCCCCCGAGACCAGUCACGCCCUGUCCAACGCCUACAGUCUGGAGUGCUGGGGUGGCGCCACCUUCGACGUCGCCAUGCGCUUCCUGUACGAGGACCCCUGGGACCGUCUGCGCAAGCUUCGCAAGGCCGUGCCCAACAUUCCGUUCCAGAUGCUGCUGCGCGGCGCCAACGGUGUGGCCUACUCCUCUCUCCCCGACAACGCCAUCUACCACUUCUGUAAGCAGGCCAAGAAGUACGGUGUUGACAUCUUCCGUGUUUUCGAUGCCCUCAACGAUGUGGACCAACUUGAGGUCGGCAUCAAGGCCGUUCAGCAGGCCGGUGGUGUGGUCGAGGCCACCAUCUGCUACAGUGGUGACAUGCUGAACCCCCACAAGAAGUACAACCUGGAGUACUACCUUGCUCUGGCCGACAAGAUUGUCGCUCUCGGCACCCACGUCUUGGGCAUCAAGGACAUGGCUGGUGUGUUGAAGCCCCAGGCUGCUCGUAUUCUGAUCGGUGCCCUCCGUGAGCGUUACCCCGAUCUGCCCAUCCACGUGCACACUCACGACUCUGCCGGUACCGGUGUCGCUUCCAUGAUUGCCUGUGCCCAGGCGGGUGCUGAUGCCGUGGACGCUGCCACCGACUCCCUGUCCGGUAUGACCUCGCAGCCCAGCAUCGGUGCCAUCCUCGCCUCGUUGUCCGGCACCGAGCAGGAUCCCCACUUGGACGUCGCGCAUGUCCGUGCUCUCGACAGCUACUGGGCUCAGCUGCGCUUGCUCUACUCGCCCUUCGAGGCCGGUCUUACCGGCCCCGACCCUGAGGUCUAUGAGCACGAGAUCCCCGGUGGCCAGCUGACCAACCUGAUCUUCCAGGCCAGCCAGCUGGGUCUUGGCCAGCAGUGGGCCGAGACCAAGAAGGCUUACGAGGCGGCCAACGACCUCCUCGGUGAUAUCGUCAAGGUCACCCCCACUUCCAAGGUGGUUGGCGAUCUGGCCCAGUUCAUGGUGUCCAACAAGCUCUCCGAGCAGGACGUUGUUGACCGCGCGGCCGAGCUGGACUUCCCCGGUUCCGUGCUUGAAUUCCUGGAGGGUCUGAUGGGUCAGCCCUUCGGUGGCUUCCCCGAGCCCCUUCGCUCUCGCGCUCUGCGCAACCGUCGCAAGCUCGACAAGCGCCCCGGUCUGUAUCUCGAGCCCCUGGACCUGCCAGGCAUCAAGAACCAGAUUCGCGAGAAGUUUGGCUCCGCGACCGAGUGCGAUGUUGCUUCCUACGCCAUGUACCCCAAGGUGUUCGAGGACUAUCGCAAGUUCGUGUCCAAGUUUGGUGAUCUCUCCGUGCUGCCGACUCGCUACUUCUUGGCCCGUCCCGAAAUCGGCGAGGAGUUCCACGUUGAGCUGGAGAAGGGUAAGGUGCUUAUCCUGAAGCUGCUUGCCAUUGGACCCUUGUCCGAGCAGACCGGUCAGCGCGAGGUCUUCUACGAGGUCAACGGUGAAGUCCGACAGGUCUCGGUCGAUGACAACAAGGCCUCUGUGGACAAUGUUGCCCGCCCCAAGGCCGAUGUGGGUGACAGCAGCCAAGUUGGUGCUCCCAUGUCUGGUGUCGUGGUUGAGAUUCGCGUGCACGAUGGCCAUGAGUGCAAGAAGGGUGACCCUAUCGCGGUGCUGAGCGCCAUGAAGAUGGAAAUGGUCAUCUCUGCUCCUCACAGCGGCAAGGUCUCUGGCUUGCUGGUCAAGGAGGGUGACUCUGUCGAUGGUCAAGAUUUGAUCUGCCGCAUCACCAAGGCUUAA